AUGAUAUUCUUCAGUUUUCUUAGUAAGAGUCUACCAUCUUCGAACAAACCCUCGCCUGAAAAUACAUUUGAAUCAUCCCCAGUUACCACAACAUCCAAAGAAGAACUGCUGUUACAAGUCCCCGGAUGCACCGUUAAUUUGGUUCAAGAAGGAGAAGCUGAAGAAAUCGCAAAAGGAAACUUCAAUCUUGCUAAGCUUUCUGCUGAGAGUGUAACUUUAGCUAUUCAAAUUAAGGUUGGUGAUGAACUUCAGUGGCCUUUAACAAAAGAAGAGCCAGUGGUGAAACUUAACGAGCUUAAUUACUUAUUUCCGUUGUCGAUGGAAGAUAUGAAUCUUACCUAUGGUGUUUCUUUCUCACAACAAUCUGGUAGUGGUUUGACUGAUCUUGAUUCAUUUCUUAAUGAACACUCUUGCUUCUCUGGGGUUUCAUCUUCCAGUCCUUCGGAAACUACUUCGAAUACUCGGGCUCUUAAUUGGGCAGAGCUUGCACCAAAGAUUGAAAAGUACAGUGCAAUCUUGGCACAAGUAAUGCCAGGCAGAACCGGUGAGAUUAUUAAAGGGAUUUCAAGGUUGAGCAAUGCCUGCACCCAACAGGUUGCAAAGGGAGGAGCAAUGGUUAUAACCGAAGCAACUGAGGAAACGAAGGCUGACCUUGAAACUGAAACCAACAAGAGCAGCAAGAAAACCACAAUGUUUCAGAGAACACAGAGAAAAGGAGCAAGACUGUGCUUAAUAUCAUCGAGAUGGGCACUGGAUCAGCAGUUGGACCAAUCAGCUCCCAUGCAGGGGGGAAAUUCUAGCCACAGGACCUGGAAAGGUCCUCUUGGAUUCUAUGGUGCUUUCAGCAACUUUAUGGAUGCAGCUGAAGCUGCCGAAAAAAAAGCUCUUUCUGCCUCAUCGAAAGCUGCAACCAAAAUGGUCAGCGAAAGAUUUGGAGAAAGUGCAGGGGAGGUAACAGAAGAUGUAUUUGCCAUUGCAGGGCAUGCUCCAAGCACUGCUUUCAACAUUGUAAAAAUCCGAAAAGCAGUCGACCCUGCAUCCUCUUUUUCCUCGGCAAUGGUGAAGAAUGCAAUAAGAAUGAACCCAUGA